AUGCCUGAUACCGAUAAAUUCAUCACACAGGCCAGAGCGCUGCUCUUGCUUCUGCCCGCCUUGCCGACACCGGAACAACUUCGGCGCGGGUGGCGUUGGGUACUGCGCCCGCAAAGUGCCAAAUGCGCCCUGGAAUUCUCGUGGAGCCGCAAAGUGGAUGGACUUGUAAGCUUCGUGAACAGUCAAAGAAAGCGCCAAAUUUGCCGGCACUUUGAUUUGCGACCUGAUUUCACGAUGUCGGAUUCGGAGAAGCCCACGGAGCCGGUCGUCACGGAGAAUGAGGAGGGAAAUGAUGUCGAUGGAGCUGAUGAGGAGGAGAUUUCGGCCAUGAAGCGCCGCGUUGCAGAGAUGGAAGAGGAGGCCAAGAAGCUUCGCGAGAUGCAGGCCAGUCUGGACCAGCAGACUGCCAGCUUAGCUGAUGACAAGGAGUCUAUCGACUCACGCAGCAUCUUUGUUGGCAAUGUCGACUAUUCUGCGUCGCCCGAAGAGAUUCAAGCGCACUUCCAAAGCUGCGGCUCUAUCAACCGAGUCACGAUUCUUCUUGACAAGUUCAGCGGCCAGCCUAAAGGCUAUGCCUACGUCGAAUUCACCGAACCCAGCCUCGUCGCCCAGGCUCUUGUCCUGAACGAAAGCGUCUUCAAGGGCCGCAACAUCAAAGUGACACCAAAGAGAACCAACGUCCCCGGCAUGAGCCGCGGUCGUGGCCGUGGUGGCUUCCGAGGUGGUCGUGGAUUUGGCGGCCGAGGCGGCGGCGGCUUUCGUGGAGGAUACAGGGGCGGCGGCCGUGGCCGUGGCCGAGGUUUCACCCCUUACUAG